UUUGCUUUCAACACUCUACAUUGUUGAUCUAUUGAUUUCAUAUAAAAUACAUUUUUGCGCGUUACACCCAUCGUAUCGUAAAAAGUAAACUAGGAACGUACAACAUCGAACCGAUAUAGCCACUAGCCAACUAUCCCAUAUUUUUCGAUGUAGAAAACGUAACAAUUGAUUAGACCAGAACCAGGAGAUUCUAAUUUCUAACACAUAUCCUCCUACUAGCCACAAACAGAUUCCACGGUGAUCCGAGUAGCAACUGGGAAGGAAGAAACACAUCUCAAAAAACCAUUGCACAUCCCCCACGGUUUCCCCUCUGUAUCUCGCCUGUCCGUAGCUGUACCGAUCCGGCCGGUGGCGCCGUUGCAAAAAUAAAUCCACGGAAACCGACGAACACACUUUGCCUCUGCGCUCACCUGGAACGGCAACGCCCAAAGGCCGGACUUGUUUUUGCGUUGCCGCGCGCUUCCGCGAACCGGGAGACCCUCACCUCCUCGGUCGGUCGCCGCCAGAUCGAAAAACAUUUCGAGAUUUUACUACCUUUACCCAGCUUAUAUAUACGCGCCUUUACCCCGCCUCACACCUUAGCCCUAUCUAGUGACACCCAUAAAAACCAGUGUGUGUGAUUAGUACCGUACCGGCAGUCUAGUGAGAUCGGGUACCACGAGAUAUACUUCUUCUUGUCGCGCUGCUUACCGUUGAUGCGCUUAGCCGCCGCCUGCCAUGGCCUCCGCCGUCGCGAGUAACUUGCCUGCAGCUGCGCCCGCGGCUGUCAUGCCGUUCGGUGGAUGGCAUGGUCCGCGUGUCUCGUUCAGCCGCGACGCCGCCGGGGCUGAGGAGGCUGCCGCGGUGGUCGUGUGUUCUUCGCCCCUGGCCGCCGCGGCGGCGGUGGCGACGACGACGACGCCGGAGCCGGCGAUAUCCAAGGACUUCAUCGACUUCGAGUUCAGCCUCGGGGGCUCCGCCACCAUGCUCCCGGCGGACGAGCUCUUUGCCGACGGGAAGCUGCUCCCGCUUCGGAAGGCGGCGGCUGUGCCGGAGAUGGAUGCGGCGGCGCCACGGCCGCCGCAGCCUGAGGCAAUGCCGGCGCCUUCGGAGCCGAUGAAGCCACUACGGGCGGCUACCGCCGCGGUUGACGCCGCCGACCCGUACGUUUUCUCUCCUAAGGCGCCCAGCUGCUCGAGCCGGUGGCGGGAGUUGCUCGGGCUGAAGAGAGCGGCAGCGCAGAGCCCGAAGCCAUCGCCGUCGUCUGCGCCCGCGAGAACCCCCGGGAGAGCGAUGAACUCGACGGCGGCGAGGUCGCUGAAGCUGCUGCUCCAACGGAACAACGGCCGCUCGUCCGGGGCCUCCGCGUCGGAGCUCGCCUCUGCGCCGCUCCUCCGCGACAGCUCCGACUCGGAGGCGUCUCUCUCCCUCGCCUCCUCCCGCUUCUCCCUCUCGUCGUCGUCGUCUUCCUCCGGCCACGACCACGACGACAUCCCGCGCCUCUCCCUCGACUCCGCCGCUGACCCCAACCCGCCCCGCAUCCGCCUCGUCCGUUCCUCCCACCGCCACUCCACCUCCUCAUCCUCCUCAUCCCGCGCCGGCCGAAGCCCCGCGCGCCGCCGCCCCUCCCCGCCGCCGCCGCCGCGCUGCCUCUCCGUCGACUCCCCGCGCAUGAACUCCUCCGGCAAGAUCGUGUUCCAGGGCCUGGAGCGCAGCUCCAGCUCACCGUGCACCCUCCACGCCGCGGCGAAGCCACGCUCCCGCGCCGUCGACCGGUCAUACUCCUCCGGCGUCCGCGUGGCGCCGGUGGUGCUGAACGUGCCGGUGUGCUCGCGGCCGGUGUUCGGGUUCUUCAAGGACAAGAAGGACGCGGCGGCGAAGGACGCCAUGGCGGCGAGGACGAGGUCGUCGCUGGGGCGGAAGACGACGGCGGCGCCGCAAGGGUGGAGCGGCGAGCUGGGGAGAUCUUGUGGGUAAUUUGACUCUUGUUUGACCGGUUAGUUGCUGUUGGGAUUUGUCUUGUUUGCUGCUGCCGGUAUGAUGAGUGCACGGAAAGGGAAAGGGGGAGGCCAUGAUGAGAUGAUAGUUUGGUUUUAACUGAUUUUGUUUGUUCUUUGGAGACGCCUCAUGGAAGGUCUAAUCAAUUGACUGUUCUUUUUUUCUUCUUUCUUUCUUUCUCUUAGAACUGUAUAUUCCGAAUUUUGUUUCUGUCUCGCACCAUCAAAGUUGAUCUUCUUUCUUCUUUUAAUUGUCUCUCAUCUAUACCAGGAGUAAACACUGUCGAAAUGGUGUUGGUGGAAA